AUUGGUGCGUGGACGGAGAUGCGCGAGACCGCUGAACGCGGCUACAAAAGUACCGGCUUUUGGGCUGCUUGUGAUUUAAUAAUUAUUUAACUCUUUGCGGGAUAACAUAUACGCCUUGCCGGACACUAGUCAACCAGGCGUGCAGCAGAGCCCGAUAAAUGCCACACAAAAUCAACGUGGGCCUCGUGGCGCUGGCCGCACUGGCGGCGGCCGUAUUGGCCGACCCGUCGGUCGAUAGGCGCGCCAGCAUGGGGUUCAUGGGCAUGCGGGGCAAAAAAGACCGGGAUCAGGGCGGUGGAAGCGGUGGCGGUGGCACGUCCGACGAGACUUCCGCCGCGGUCGACCUGGACAAACGGGCCAUGGUGUUCCGGCGUCCGAUGUUCGACGGCAGGACCUCAGUGUACGGCGUUGGUCCAGCGGAGGGCUUCAAGAGGGCCAGCAUGGGAUUCAUGGGCAUGCGGGGCAAGAAGGGCUACUACAGCAACAACAAGGGUUCCGCGGCCGGGUUCUUCGGUAUGCGAGGUAAGAAGGCUCCGUCCGCGGACGCGUUCUACGGCGUCCGCGGCAAAAAGUGGCUGGACCACGAGGACGCCGUCGACGAGGACGGCCAAUUGUCACCGGCAUAUGUCCUGUACAGGAUCAUAGACGAACUGAAGUCGGAACUCUCGGACAGAGAGCGAAAUUUGGUGGCAGCUAAAUUCGACGAAGAAAGAGAAAUGCGUUGAAUUCGAUUUUAUUUUUUUUAAUAAUAAUACCGUAGCAUGACAUUAAUACCUACUAUAUUAUAAUAUGAGUUUUGCUAUUUAAAUUUGUUUAAGAUUACUAACUUAGUAGUUAAUAUCUAUAACGUUAAUAAAUAAAAAAACAUUCUAUUAAUUGUAUAAAGGAACUACAUAUAAUAACUAAUUUGUUUAUCUACAUUAUAUUAUUAUAUUAGAUAAUUAUAUUAUAUUAUUAUAUUAUAUUGUUUACAACUAUUA